CCUCCGCGAUAUCGCCUGCCUGCCACCCUCAAACCUAUAACUGCAAAACCCAAAACCCAAGAGGACAUCGUACUGUAUAAAUAUCUAGGUGUCCGUACGCCGGACAUGGUCAUUACCAAAAUCAAGCAUUUCAUUCUAAUCGAUCACAAUGGCGGUAGCGGCGUUGGGGCUGGUCGUGGUGGCUGUGGCGGCGGUGUUGGCGACAUGGCUGUGGGCGGCGGCGUUUCACCUGGUGUGGCGGCCCUACGCCGUCGGCAAGGCGUUCCGGCGGCAGGGGAUCCGCGGGCCGGCGUACCGCUUCUUCGUGGGCAACAACGAGGAGACCAAGGCGAUGCGUGUGGCGACAGCCGGCGACGUCCUGGACCGGGCCUCCCACGACAUCGUGCCACGCGUGCUGCCGCAGUACAAGGCCUGGAUGUCCUCCUACGGCAAGGUGUUCCUGUCCUGGACCGGGUUCACGCCGUCGCUGUGCGUGGGCGACCACGACAUGGCGAAGCAGAUCCUGUCGAACCGGGCCGGGCUGUUCGGCAAGUCCGACCCGGGCCCCAACAUCAUGGCGCUGCUGGGCAAAGGGCUCGUGUUCACCGACGGCGAAGACUGGGCGCGCCACCGCCGCGUCGUGCACCCGGCCUUCGCCAUGGACAAGCUCAAGUCGAUGGCGAGGACCAUGGAGGACUGCGCCGGGGAGGUGGUGCGCGCGUGGGAGGCGAGGGCUGAGGUCGUUGCCGGUGGCGGCGUGGGUGUGGCCACGGUGGAAGUCGGGCAGCAGUUCGUGGAGCUGACUGCCGACGUGAUCUCGCACACGGCGUUCGGGAGCAGCUACAAGGAAGGGAAGGAGGUGUUUCUGGCGCAGCGGGAGCUGCAGGGGAUUGCUUUCGCCACCAUUAACAAUGUUCGUGUCCGGGGCCUCGGGAACCUCCCCACCAAGAUGAAUGUCCGGCGGUGGCAGCUGGAGCGCAAGGUCCGCGGCACGCUCAUGGCGAUCAUCGACGGCCGGCUGGCUGCCGCCGCCAAGGAAGGCGCCACGGGCUACGGCAGCGACCUCCUCGGCCUCAUGCUCGAGGCCAACACCAACGCCUCCUCCGGUACUCACAAGGGAGGAGCUGCCAUGAUGAGCAUGGACGAGAUCAUCGACGAGUGCAAGACCUUCUUCUUCGCGGGCCACGACACCACCUCGCACCUCCUCACCUGGGCCGUCUUCCUCCUCGGCACGCACCGGGACUGGCAGUCCAAGCUCCGCGACGAAGUCCUCAAAGAGUGCUCCACGGGGACGCCGCUCCACGGGGACGCGCUCAACAAGCUGAAGCUCACAACGAUGGUGCUCUACGAGACGCUGCGGCUGUACGGGGCCGUGAUCAUGAUGGCGCGGACGGCGACGGCGGACACGGAGCUCGUUGGCGGGGCGAUGAGCGUGAAGGUUCCUAAAGGAACGAUGACGAUGAUCCCGAUCGCGAUCAUGCACCGGGACGAGGCCGUGUGGGGAGCGGACGCCGGGGAGUUUAACCCGCUCCGGUUCAAGGACGGCGUCGGGAAGGCGGCCAAGCACCCGAGCGCGAUGCUGGCGUUCUCGUUCGGCCCCAGGGCGUGCAUCGGGCAGGAUUUUGCGAUGCUGGAAGCCAAGGCCACGCUCGCUGUUAUCCUUCGUAAGUUCGAGUUCGAGGUCGCGCCCGAGUACGUGCACGCGCCGGCUGAGUUCCUCACGCUGCAGCCCAAGACCGGCCUCCCCGUCCGGCUCAGGCUCUUGGAUCGCUAGAUGAAACGACAAGUCUCGUUUUCAGUGAUCGCUCGAUCUGGUGCUAAUUAAAUUACUGGGCUUGUAUUAUCGCCGCGUCUACUAUGUACGCUUUCUGCUUUAAUAAUCUCAGCAAAUUAAGACGUUGUACGAGAUUUCCUCAA